CAGAGAGGCUCGCGGGGUGGGAAAGGUGGCGGGUGGUCAUCUUCUAGAAAAGGUGGUAUCGACUACGAUGACUCCAUUGACGGCCCUUGCGUCAAUGACCCGUAUUCCAACCCUUUGCCAGACGAAGGGCGGAGGACAACCCAAGCUUCAGCGUAAGUAUAGACAUUUUAAUGGUUAAGAAAUGGGCUGACUGGCGGCAUGUUGAAGUCAGACUGUCAUAUUUAAUUCAGACUAUCAUGUUUAAGUCACACUGUCAUAUUUUAGUAGAUUUAUCAUCAACUCAAUGAUGUUUCUUGGUUAAUUACAAGCUUUAUAGAUUUCUUUUCAAAUGAUCAAAUUUUCUGUCUAUCUUUAAUCUGAGUAAGUUAUUUGCUACCACAGAUAUAGUUUCACCGGCACAAGCAGCACAAGAGGUCGGGGGAGAGGCUCUGCCCCUAAAGUCAAGCUGGAAAUGCAGCGUCUGUUUAUGAGUACAGAUAACCAGGAUAUGGUGAGGAAAACGCUACAGUCACUACGUGAAGAUGAUGGUGAUUAUGGUACAUACAGGUGAGGAGUUUUGUCCUGGUUGAAAUACUAUUCAAGACAGUGGUUCUCAACCUUUCUAAUGCCGCGACUCUUUAAUACAGUUUCUUGUGUCGUGCGGCCCCCACAACACAAUUAUUUCGUUGCUACUUCAUAGCUGUAAGGAUAUAUAUUUUCAGAUGGUCUUAGGCGACCCCUGGGAAAGGGUCGUGCAACCCCCAAAGGGGUUGUGACCCACAGGUUGAGACUUCUUAAAUUUGAGAAAGGAAUGUACAGAUUUUUAUUCAGUAAAUUAAAUUCUAAUUUGUUCUUAUAGUAUUUUACUUGUUCAAAAGUUUAUUAAAGGGAAAAGUGUACACUAGUCAGGAAGUUUUAGAGAUUUAUAAUGUAAACAGAACAAGCAGUUUAGAAGCAGUUGUUCCGUCACUAGCAUACGGAGCAUUGCAGGGGCACAAAACAGAAAAGUGGCGGGGGCUUUUAAAAGUCAUGCAAUGGCUCUGCCACCAAGCUAUAGGAAAUUAUUAUGUGUCCGUUAUCAGAACAUAUUGAUCCUUAAAGAUAACUGUCCGUGCGGGAAGGGGAUAGCCAUUGGUUAAGAGGUUGAAGGAGAUAGCCAUUGGUUAAGAGGUUGAAGGAGAUAGCCAUUGGUUAAGAGGUUGAAGGAGAUAGCCAUUGGUUAAGAGGUUGAAGGGGAUAGCCAUUGGUUAAGAGGUUGAAGGGGAUAGCCAUUGGUUAAGAGGUUGAAGGAGAUAGCCAUUGGUUAAGAGGUUGAAGGAGAUAGCCAUUGGUUAAGAGGUUGAAGGGGAUAGCCAUUGGUUAAGAGGUUGAAGGGGAUAGCCAUUGGUUAAGGGGUUGAAGGGGAUAGCCAUUGGUUAAGAGGUUGAAGGAGAUAGCCAUUGGUUAAGAGGUUGAAGGGGAUAGCCAUUGGUUAAGAGGUUGAAGGGGAUAGCCAUUGGUUAAGAGGUUGAAGGGGAUAGCCAUUGGUUAAGAGGUUGAAGGGGAUAGCCAUUGGUUAAGAGGUUGAAGGGGAUACCCAUUGGUUAAGAGGUUGAAGGGGAUAGCCAUUGGUUAAGAGGUUGAAGGGGAUAGCCAUUGGUUAAGGCGUUGGUUGAGUGUUAUAAAAAUGUAUAAUUAUAAAGAUAAUUUUCUUGCUGCAGUGAUGAGGAAAAAGUGGAUGAAGAGGAUUAUGAUGAAGAGUAUGAUGAACUUGACACGAGAGCUGAGAAUGAAUACUGGCUGUCAGACCGCACACUUGUAGUGCAAGAUGCUAAAAGAUUUGAUUGGUCUUCCCAACCGCAUAAAGGGGGACUGGUCCAGGCUGUCUCACAGGAGAACAUAUUUGCAGUAAAAAAACUUCAAAGGCAAGAUAAAACUAUGUCUUUGACAGCCUUAAAAAAAAGUUUAAAUUAAGAAAAAAAAGUAAUCGGAUAAAUAUCUGUCCACAUGCGACUGUAGCUGAUUUUUAUUUAAAAAUUAUGUCACUGGUGCAACCAACGUGCUUCUGGUUGGAAAAUAUCUCUGCAGCAUGGGAUCAUGAGCUGAAUCGUGUACACUUGUUGACAAAAUGGGCCACUCCCUUGUAGCUUCUCUGCACUACUCAUAUUGUUUUCUCUUUACUCCCUUGUAGCUUCUCUGCACUACUCAUAUUGUUUUCUCUUUACUCCCUUGUAGCUUCUCUGCACUACUCAUAUUGUUUUCUCUUUACUCCCUUGUAGCUUCUUUGCACUACUCAUAUUGUUUUCUCUUUACUCCCUUGUAGCUUCUUUGCACUACUCAUAUUGUUUUCUCUUUACUCCCUUGUAGCUUCCCUGCACUACUCAUAUUGCUUUCCCUUUACUAACUUGUAGCUUCUCUGCACUACUCAUUUAGCUUUUCCUAUACAGUCUUGCUGGCUAUAUGGUAACCGUCGGUGGCAAUCUUUCAUGAUGGCUUAGUAUAAUUAAUGUAUAUUUUUAAUCUUGUUGUGCUCAAGUUCUUUGAGAUUCGUCCCUAAUAAGUAUAUUCUUUUAAUAAGUAUAUUCUUAAAAAACAAUUCCAAGUUCUUUCUGUUCUACCAUUUCUACAGGUGUGGCUUUAGCACAGAGCACUGUCAAGAGGCUCUGCUAAUAUGUGACGGGGAUGUCGGUGCUGCACUUGAGUACCUGCUAAAUGAUCUGUUCAACAUCACGCUCAGUGUCUCUGAGACCACCGAUGAUUCUGAGCUGGAUCAAGCCAUUUUUGCUGCACGGGAUGAGGAGAAGAUGGCGUUGGAAUCAAUCUAUGACGUCGCCUUUGAGGAGAGAAUCCCAAACACAUUGUGGGUGCUUAAUUUAGAGCUGCCUGAAUUGAGCCAGCUCCUGAGCCAAAGAGCCGUGCCUUCGGCUAGUAAAAAAUCUGAGAAGAGCAUUGAUAGAAAACUGUGUCCGUUCUAUUUGAAAGGUUCGUGCAAGUUUAAGGAUAACUGUCGUUUUUCUCAUGCGAUGCCAUUGGAUACCUCAGGGGAGUUAAGAAAAUUAUCUCAUCCGAUUUAUGCAAAUUUAAAAGCCUUAGAGGAGGACAAGAAAUCUCCAUACAGUAUAGAAAUUAGGUUCCCCAAAGGAAAUAAAUAUCCAAACGAACCGCCUCUGCUGGCAUUUUCAUCUGUGAUAGAAGAGUUACCUCCUCACUCCCGCCUUCACAUCACACAGUUUUUGAUGGCUCAGGCCAAAGAGGCUGCUCGGGACUCUCUCCCCUGUCUUUUCUCCCUUGUCAGUGCUUUAGAGGACGUUGAACAGCUGGAACUGCUGAUAUCAUUACCACCGCUUGCCUUAAGUAAACCUGUUUCCAUGUCCCAGACCUGCAAAGUCAAGGUGAUCAACCCGAAAUCCCUAUUACCAGACACCAGUCUAAAAACAAAUGACCAAAAUAAAGACUCUCACGGGUUGGAGAGCACACUGACGCGGCACGGCAGCAAUCAAGAUGUCAAGAGAGAAGAGGAGGCGCCACACAUUUUCGUGCCACAGAAGAGGAAAGAUGUGACGCCUGUCCGAGUCAAUCCGAUCGAAAUGAAAAGACAAAACAAAAUUUUGCAGGAAGAGUUUUUCCAUAAGAAAGUAGGUGCUAACAUUUUUUUCAACAAGUUUAUAAGAGCCCAGUUGCAAAUGGUACUAAGUCCGUUUUUUGAAAAAAAUUAGUUAGUGCCCUUUUCUUAAUCUAUUGAUAAAAAUACACAUUUUGAAUCUCUCAUCUUAACGUUCAGAAGGCUCUAAAUGCAUUUAUUUUAAAUAGAAACUGUAGAGCUACCUUCAAAAUGCUGGUUAAGUUGUAACACAAAAUUCACUUUCCUGAAAAAUAAGUUUGGUUGGACUUAGUACCUUUUGCAAGCUUGCUCCUCAAUAUGAUCCAACCAGUGUGUAAAUGAUACCAUCCAACCAUUAUAUAAAUGAUAUCCAACCUAUGUAUACAUUAUAUGAUCCAACCAGUUUGUAAUUAUCCAACCAUUGUGUAAAUGAUAUGAUCCAACCAUUCUAUAAAUGAUAUCCAACCUAUGUAUAAAUUAUAUGAUCCAACCAUUUUAUAAAUGAUAUUAUCAACCAGUAUAUAACUUAUAUGAUCCAACCAGUAUAUAAAGUAAAUGAUGAAAUUCACUCAGUAUAUAAAACGUUAGACUUAGAUUUAUGUGCAGAUAGUUCUUGAGACUGAUUGUCAUGGCAGAACAAUUCCAAACUGUAUCUCAGAACACAAUCACAAGCACAAAAAAGCAAUGGCAUGCUAAACAAUUAGGGACUCUAAUGCUGUCAGACGCUCACUCUAACUAAAUAUAAAGUCAAACAUUAUUUAAUGCAGGAUUUCAGUUAAAUUUAAAAUUGCUUAAAGUUUUUGCUAUUGACCAAGACAUGAUAAUUACCAUGACAUAAAAAUAAUGGUUUAAUUGAUAAAAAUGUGAAAAUAUCUACCCUUCAUUUGUAAGUAGAUUUUAAAGGGAUAAAUGCUAUGACAUUAAAAAAAAUGGAUUAAUUAGAAAAAUUUAAAAUAGAGCAUAUUCAUUUUUAAGUUGAUUUUAAUUAGUCUCAUUUAAAUGAUGCUUGAAUUUGAUACUUAUCUAGUAGAAAAUAAACACUUUAGAUGUUAUUCUAGUUCUGAUGCUAUACUAGUUUUGAUGAUACACUAGUUUUGAUGGUGAACUAGUUUUGAUGCUUUACUAGUUUUGAUGAUACAAUUUUACAAAUAGUUUGUAGAAUUCCUUAGGGUGACCUUGACAUUUAAAAUGAUACAUUUUCCAGAGCUCAAAACAUUACCAAAGUAUGCAGUCGGAUCGUCGUAGAUUGCCAGCAUGGGACAUGAGAGAAGAACUGCUGACACUGAUUGAACAUAAUCAAGUUGUGGUUAUCAGUGGAAUGACAGGGUGAGUCAACUGCUUGGUUUACAGCAUCUGAUGGCCCGGGGUAGGACGAGGACGGAGACGUUAUUUGUUAUCAAGAGCCAAUACUUUCUCUUGAUUGGGUCAUGCGUGCGAUACUAUAUAACCUUUGUGUGUCGGCCAGUGUGGCAUUCAUAUUCUACUCUUUUGCUGUUAACAUUUUGUGUGUCAGCCAGUGUGGCAUUCAUGUUCUACUCUUUUGCUGUUAACAUUUUGUGUGUCAGCCAGUGUGGCAUUCAUGUUCUACUCUUUUGCUGUUAACAUUUUGUGUGUCAGCCAGUGUGGCAUUCAUAUUCUACUCUUUUGCUGUUAACAUUUUGUGUGUCAGCCAGUGUGGCAUUCAUAUUCUACUAUUUGGCUGUUAACAUUUUGGAGCAGGUCACCUAGUGGCAGACUUUUUUUUUUUAAAAGUCAUUUUAAGUAAAGAAUAAAAUUGUAUAAAUUUUUAUAAUUAUUUGUGCACUUAAAAUUUGGCCAGAUUUUUUAUUUACUUUUUUUUUAAGAGGCAAUUUUUUCUUCAGUAUUCACCUUGACUUUAAAGAGGGAUUUUUUUAUAUGCCAGGUGAGAUCAACAAUAUGAAACACAUUGAGCACAAAUGAGUUAGCGGUGUUUUUUAAAAACACAAUGUGAUAUUUUUAUUGUGUCGUCACUGAUAUGUGGCUUUAUACAAUAAUUGGCAUUCAUAUAUCAGCUUCACAAUCUGUUAGAAUCCUGGCGUUACAAUGUUUUCAAAACUAACAAAAUUGAAUAGCUUUUUGAAUAGCUCCAUCAAACAGUAACAAAUAGUUGCAGUUGAAAGUUGCAUAGUUUUAUCUGCUGCACAAUCCUGAAAGAAUGAAUACCUAGAUCCCUGUAAACAGGUUUCAGUUUUCAGAUGGCCUUCCUUAUCACAGGAUUGCAUGGCCUGCACAUGAUGCCGGCUUCUUUUCUCAUGAGAAGAACUUCCUGUUGUUUCCCCUUUCAGUUAUUAAAAUAUGUGACCAAGUAGGAAAUGGCAGCUCUUGUGCGAAACCUUUUAAACUACUUCAUGGAGUCAGUUUUUAAUCAUUGAAAUAAUCAGACACAGUCAGUUUAAAUCAUUGAAAUAAUCAGAUGAAGUCAGUUUUUAAUCAUUGAUAUAAUCUGAUGAAGUCAGUUUUUAAACAUUAAUAUAAUCUGAUGAAGUCAGUUUUUAAUCAUUGAUAUAAUCUGAUGAAGUCAGUUUUUAAUCAUUAAUAUAAUCUGAUGAAGUCAGUUUUUAAUCAUUGAUAUAUUCUGAUGAAGUCAGUUUUUAAUGAUUGAAACAAUCGAUGACCUCACCAGAUGUGGUAAAACCACCCAAGUCCCCCAGUUCAUUCUAGACGAAGCUCUUCAAAAUUCCAACUGCAACAUCAACAUCGUAUGCACCCAACCACGUAGAAUAUCUGCAAUGGCGGUGGCCCAGAGGGUGGCUGACGAGCGGUGUGAGAAACUGGGAAGGUGUGUCGGAUAUCAGAUCAGGUUGGAGAGUGUUAUGGUAAUUGGAAAAUCCUUUUUUUAA